AUGGCCGCCACCACGACGGACACGCCAAUGCAAUCGACCUCUAAACACGGGCAAGAAAACUCAGAGGAUAAAGAUCCUACUAAAUUCAGAGAUAUAUGGAGGAUAAAGCCCUGCCGUCAUUACAUCAUGGCGUACGAACUCUGUAGAGACUGGAGAACAAAAUACUAUCAUCGUUACUGGGAUGGAGAGAAGGAUGUCGACUGUUCGUCUUUGAGGAAGAAUGUAAAGAUGUGUGAAGAGCUAGCUGAAAAUGAAAGUGUAGAAGCCUAUGAAUAUUUACUCAAGGUAGAAGAGGCUAAGUGUCAGAAACGUUUAGAUAGUGUACAGAACAAUGAUGUGUGGGAGUAUCGAACAUCUCCACCGACAGGCUGGUAUACCAACAUGAUAAACAACGACCCAGCCACAGUUAGUCAAGUAGAAGGUAGGGAACCCAAAUGUGAAGAGGACCGCCAGCCUUUCCCUAACCGCCAUGUAGAACGAUACAGUCCCACUUGUAAGGACCAAGGGCUUAGUGAUAUAAAGCCCAAGUUGUGGCUGAAGCCUCUCUCGGACAGCUAUAAGGACAGUGGCAGUAUGUGUGUGAUAUCCUAACCAGAACAACCCUGUUCAGCUCUGAACAGGGAUUAUCACCACUAGCUUUACAAUAAAUUGUUUUAUUUUAUAA